AUGCCACACGUCGAAGUGCUUCCCAACUCGGCCGCCACGGUUGCUCCAGGAUGGACCUAUGUGGUUGAUACCGGCUAUGAUCCCUCCAAAGUCGCCAUCAACCCCAAGAACAAGAAGCGCGCCGCCGCCACCGCACCGCCAGGCGGUCAACGCGCCGAGAAUGAGCUUUCGGCUCGCCAGCAGACUGCGAUAGCGCGGCGCAUAGCAGAGCUCGAACGCGACAACGACCCUAAACAGGCCAUUGCGAUUCCCGGAAAGCCCAGCGUGCCCAAGACGCAGAACGCGAGGAGAAUCAUACAGUACCAGCGCCAGAUCAAGCAUUGGCUCGACGAUGAAGAGGCACAGCUGGGACUCGUCACGACGGCCGCCAGAGGAAAUGCGCCUCAAGCAACAGGCGCGAGACAAGCCUCGAGGAAGCAGAGCAUGCUUGUCUCUGUGCCUGCGACUCCGAUAGAUGCAACGCCAGGGCCCGCACCCAUUGCACAAACGCCAUCGCGGCUCGACGAUACCAACGCAGACGACGACGCGCUACUCUCUGUCGACAACCUCAUGCCGCCGCCACUCAACCCUGCCGAGCUAGAAGCCUUGCUUGCUGCACCGCCGCUUUCGUACGCCGCGAGCCAUGCCGCUCCCCCUCCCGCAGGUGGUCCGCCGCAGAGGCAGUUCUGCGACAACUGCGGCUACUGGGGCCAAAUCAAGUGCAGAAAGUGUGGCGUUAGAGUGUGUGGGCUGGAGUGCAAGGAUGCGCACGAGGCUACGAGAUGCUUGAAAUGGGCCUGA